AUGGAAUUAUACAGGAGAGAUUUAGUUGUAAAUGACUUUAAAGAAAAAUUGGCAAAGGAAGAAGCACUAAAGAAAGAUAAUGUCUCAAUGAAAGAAGUGGUAAAUAUCAUCAACAAACAAAAGAAGGAACAAAAAUUUCCCAAGGUCAAGAAAUUAGCAGAGGUUUUUAUGAUAGCAGGAGAAGAAAUGGAAUGGAAAAAGAUCGAAAUGUCAGAUGAAGGUGGAAGAGAUGGCAAUGAAGAUUAA